AUGCGAGAGACUCUCACUAAGAUGCUAAAUUUCAAGAACCCAUCUCGCUGGGAGAUAUAUUCCAGGCUUUGGUGUGUUACAUCCGCUUUCGUCAGAAGUAUCAGUCGAUUUCUACCUCCGUUUGGGCGCCCCUUGGUAAAAGCGCCUGACGAGGAUGUCGAGCAACUUGGAGCGACAGACAGGCAACCUCCUAAUAAAAUACCAGAAGAAUCUGGCCGCAUUAUUUUCAAAAAGGGUGUUCCAUCUAUCAAGCCGUCCAGUGAUGUGAAACUCCUGAUGGUUGGCAUGUUUGCUGAGGUCUACCUUUUGAAGGGCUCGAUUGUCAGGAAAGUGCCUUGUAAUGAUGCCGAGAACGGAAGACUGGCGAUACUCUGUGAAGCCACUGUGUACUCGAUCCUGGGGAAGCACCCUCGCAUCGUCGAGUGGCUCUCGUGCGGGGAGACUGAUUUUGUCGAGAUUCAGUAUUAUCCAAAUGGCGAUCUCGCUGCUCGUGUUCUCGAUGAAGAGAAGGAGCUCCCCGAGAAGCUGCGACGAAAAUGGUUCCAGCAGAUCAUUGAAGCAAUAGUUAAGAUCCACGAGCAUGAUGUGAUCCAUUCUGACCUGGCUUUGCGGCAGUUGUUUCUGGAUGACAACAUGGACGUGCGGUUGGGCGACUUCAACUUAUCUCAGUAUCCUGGGCACAUCGCAUUAGGGUAUGAGAAAGUAUCCCACUGCUUGCCGAGGAAUUACGAGGAUCCGAACUCGAUCCAUUCCGACCUAUUUGCGCUUGGCUCCACACUGUACGAACUUGUCGCGCGUAAGGCGCCAUACAACGAACUUUACCCAAGGGAACCCGAAGCUGUGUUGCGUUCACGCGAUCAAUCUGUCAUACAAGCCCGGGUGCAACGUCAGUGGCAGGUUGACAGUGAGAUUGAAGCUCUCUACAAGAAUAAGGAAUUUCCAAAUGUAACAAAGUUCUUUGGAGGCGACAUCAUACUUGGAUGCUGGGACGGGAGCAUUUCUUCAGCAAGUGACGCACUCGAACUAUACAAAGCACUAAUUUUGAAUCCUCAUCCAGGAUAG